AUGGCGAAAUUGAAAUUAGAUAUAUCGUUUAGUCCAUUAGGUGUUUUGCAAAAUUCAGUCACAGAUGUUACAAUACGUAAUUGCUUUUAUGAUACAGUGCCUAAAUUGUCAACAAUAAUGCAAUGCAUUCUUGGAAAAGUAUCAAAAGAAGAAAUUAAACGCAAUAUGCCCUUAUGUUUUGAAAAGUUCCAAGCGACAACAUCAGUAUUGGAUUGUACUGAAGUGAAAAUUCAGACACCCAAAUGUUUGAAAUGUAAACUUAAGUUUUAUUCUCAUUAUAAAAGUCAUGUUACUGUCAAGCUUAUGAAUGAAGUUACACCGGCUGGUCUAAUCACCUUUGUUAGUGAAUCAUUUGGUGGAAGAGCCUCGGAUAAGACUAUUUUUAACCAUAGUGGAACCCUUAAGGAUAUGGAGAGCACAAGAGAUGCGGUUAUGGUUGAUAGGGGAUUUCUAAUUGAUGAUGAAUGUUUACAAAGGCAAAUUAAGUUAAUAAGGCCACCAUUUUUAAAAAACAAGGAACAAUUUACGAAAGCUGAAGCUAUAGAUAACAAAGAAAUUGCUAGUGCAAGAGUACACAUUGAACGGGUCAAUCAAAGAAUCAAAUUAUUUCAAAUUUUGAAUCACAAGAUUCCCUGGCACAUGAUUGAUUAUGUAGAUGAUAUUUUUAUUAUUUGUUGUGGGUUUGCGAACUUGGAUUCUCCAAUACUUGCAGAUGAUAAGUUUUAUUGA